AAUCAGAAAUGUAUCAAACAUGACUGAUGAUUACAUUUCUUGAGGGAAGCGGUAAGUAUAUCUCAGAAUGAUAUGGAGAUAAAGGGGUUAAAAAAAUAAAAUAAAAAAAUGAUAUGUCUCUGUUUGUAUCAACUUCACAUGGCACAUUUUGUACUAGGCUGUAGUAGCUGUUUUAACUGAAGAAUGGGAGAGGACCAGAAGAUUCAGAUUACUGCCCUUGGGUUAUUCCCAUACAAGGGGAUCAACCUGGUCAGAGGGGUGCAUCAAGUCCAACACCUUGAUUCUCUGGAGACAUUUGAAAUACGGGAUGAUGACAUCGUUGUUGUUACUUACCCACGGUCAGGAACUACAUGGACACAGUAUAUUUUGUCCCUAUUGUAUCAUGAAGAUCAAAUGACAGAGGGAAGUAACCAACCAAUCCAGGAACUGGUGCCCUUCCUUGAGGAAAACUCAAGACAAAUAGACUACAACAACAAACCAUCAACAAGAACAUUCGCGUCUCACUUACAUUUGUCCUCAAUCCCUCAAGGACUUAGAGAGAAGGGAAAGGUGAUCUACAUAGCCAGGAACCCAAAGGAUGUUGCCGUGUCCUUAUUUAAUCUCCAAAAUUUCACGAAAGUCCUUAAGAGCGAACCUGACUUCAAUACAUUUCUGAUUCAAUUUCUCAAGGGGGAGGUUCUCGGGGGGUCUUGGUUUGAUCAUGUUGAUGAUUGGUAUGCUCACAAAGAUGAAUUUGACAUCCUUUCUAUGACAUAUGAAGAUAUGAUCAAGGACACACGAGGUGCAAUUGUCAGGAUAUCAAACUUCUUGGGCAAAAAGCUGGAGGACCAAACCAUUGACACGAUCGUGGACAAAUCCUCCUUCAAAAACAUGAAGGAAGACCCACAGGCUAGACGUGAUAAACAGCAUCCAACAUUUUUUGAACAAAGUGGAUCCUUUAUUAGAAAAGGGAAGGUUGGGGACUGGAAGACUGUGUUCACUGUGGCCCAGAGUGAGGGAUUUGACCAGAUCUACAUGGAGAAGAUGAAAGACUUGGCUCUUGAAUUUGACUGGAAGCUGUGAAAACAGACAUGUCCUGGUUACACGUUUUGAAUCUAGGCUGACUAGAUUGGCGGAAAUAGCUGCCCUGCUGCAAUGAUUGUGAAAAUAAACACAUGCAAUAAUUAGUAAAUAUUAUUAAGAUGUGCACAUAAUUCAUAUAUUUUAUAAA